CAAAAAUGCGUUCUAUAUUGUUAAUAUUAUUGUCAAGUUACGUAGUUUUUGUGUCGUGCCAGACGAUAUCAAAUAUACGUUUGGUUGAUCACACCAGCUAUAUCAUAGAAUUAAUUCAGAAAACACUUGACCGUGUUCAGAAAAAUAAUUGGCGCGAACUGAAGGUUCAGGAUGUUAGAAUGGAAAUAGAUGAAGACGUGCUCAACACAACAGUGAAAGGCACUAUAGACUUCACAAACGGCUUCAUAGUGUCCAUGCAACGCCUGGACCUGGUUCAACACUCCGUCCAGCAGGUGUGGAUAUACAACAGACUGACAAACAUAACAAAUUUGGAACUACGAAGCAUGCUACGAAUGCACGACGUCGCGAUCGGGUUUGAUGUGGAUGCAGAUUUGAAUAGCGGGAAAUACAGAAAAACGGGAGUAAUUGUGUACCCAUUGAUACAAUUCGACUGUAGGCUUAUCAAGAAUGUGUACACAGAUGAACUAUCUUCUACCGUUACACCUGCACUCCCACUGACGAGAAACACUAUGAAUUUCUUACCUCAAGAUGAUGUUACUCAAGUUUUGAGCGUUUUGUUUCACUGGAACAACACAUUUUCAAGUGUCGAAACGUGGGCCAACACGUUAGCGCCGAUAAUUCUGGACUUGGCUAAAACGGAACACAAAAUACCUGACUAUUGCUACAACUGCCCCGCUUAAAAUUAAGAAAUUUUAUUAUAACAAAAACAAUUGAAGUUUAUUGUUUUAUUUAAAUGAGUUUUCUAUCGGUUUUCAGGAUAUUUUCUAAAAGUGUUAGUUCAGCUAAUUAUAACAAAUGAUACUUUUAAAUUAAAGGACCUAACGUUAAUAUAAUAAAAUAUUUGUUUUGUUAUUGUUCGAUUCUAAAAAGUUAACUAUAGGUACCUAUUUAUUAUUUAUUCAUAUCUAAAUGCAGGUAUGCUGCAGAAAAAACAUCCUAUUAAUUGACAUCGGCCAAGGGCAUUUGAGA